GGAUUUUUCUCAGCUUCCGGUUAGUCAGACACAACACUGGGAGCGCAAGCGGAGAGCUACUCUGGGCAGUUGACGUUUUCCUUUCAAAUUUCUCAGUUGGUUCCUGUCAAGAAUCUCGCCCAAAAUGACCGAUUCAUCGGAAAGAGCGGACGGGAAGAUCGUGAAAAUGGAGGUGGAUUACAGUGCCACCGUAGAGGAGCGUGUGCCGGAAUGCAAGAAGAUGGCCAAAGAGGGAAGACUCCAGGAGGCGAUUGAAAGCCUGUUGUCUUUGGAAAAGCAAACUAGGACAGCCUCCGACAUGGUGUCGACCUCCCGGAUUCUCGUGGCGAUCGUGCAGAUGUGCUACGAGGCCAAGGACUGGGACGCGCUGAAUGAGAACAUCAUGCUGCUGUCCAAAAGGAGGAGUCAGCUGAAGCAGGCUGUUGCCAAGAUGGUCCAGGAAUGCUACAAGUAUGUGGACGAAGUGCCAGACCUGACCGUCAAGCUGAGGCUGAUCGACACCCUGCGGACUGUCACUGCGGGAAAGAUCUAUGUGGAAAUCGAGCGUGCCCGACUGACGAAGACACUGGCCAAUAUUAAGGAGCAGAACGGGGAGGUCAAAGAAGCGGCUGCAAUUCUGCAGGAGCUGCAGGUUGAAACAUACGGUUCAAUGGAGAAGAAGGAAAAGGUCGAGUUCAUUUUGGAACAGAUGAGGCUCUGCAUUGCUGUGAAGGAUUACAUCCGCACUCAGAUCAUCAGUAAGAAAAUCAACACCAAAUUCUUCCAGGAGGACGGAACGGAGGAGUUGAAGCUUAAAUAUUACAAUUUAAUGAUCCAAGUGGACCUGCAUGAGGGGUCCUACCUCUCCAUCUGCAAACACUAUCGUGCCAUUUACGACACCCCCUGCAUCCUGGAGGACAGCGCCAAGUGGCAGCAGGCUUUGAAAAGUGUAGUUCUGUAUGUGAUCCUGUCCCCUUAUGACAAUGAGCAGUCCGAUCUGGUCCACAGAAUCAACACUGAUAAAAAACUGGAAGAAAUUCCUAAGUACAAGGAGCUCCUGAAGCAGUUCACCACACUGGAGCUGAUGCGCUGGGCGUCUCUCGUGGAGGAUUUCGAGAGUGAACUGAGGCGGGGCUCUCCGGACAGCCCGGCCACAGACGUCUUCGCGUACACGGAGGAGGGCGAGAAGAGGUGGAAGGAUCUGAAAAACAGGGUCGUGGAGCACAACAUAAGGAUAAUGGCGAAGUACUACACGCGGAUCACAAUGAAAAGAAUGGCUGGGCUGCUUGACCUCUCUGUUGAUGAAUCCGAGGAGUUCCUGUCCAGCCUCGUUGUGAGCAAGACCAUCUAUGCAAAAGUCGACAGGCUCGCUGGGAUCAUCAACUUCCAGAGGCCGAAGGACCCCAACGACAUAUUGAAUGACUGGUCCCACAAACUGAACUCACUCAUGUCUCUUGUCAACAAAACCACGCACCUGAUAGCCAAAGAGGAAAUGAUUCACAACCUUCAGUAAAAGGACAUUGCGCUUUGUAAUGUUGCUGGAAAUGGCAAAGAGCUUAUGGAGCCUUACGCUGCAUUAUGUGAAUAAGUGCACCAUCUGACCCAUUUCCUUAGCGGUUAUGAGAAAACUUGUUCUAGUUGUCCCGUGUUAUUUGUUUAUGAAUACAGCAUUCUUUUUGGGAAAGAAGAGGAAGAUGAACCCAUUCUACCAGUUUACUGUAUUGUCAGUUUCCCCAACAGUGAUAGGAAAGAUACCCUUGAGCCCUUGCAGCGUUUGGGCUGACCACUCAUUGACCAUCUGGUUACUUCAUACCUCGUGCUUGCAUGGUAGCUGGGAUGUUGGUUACACAGGGGGUAUGCGUUUCCUUUUGUGUUCACACAGGUUUUACAUGUAACGUAUAAUAAGGGAUUUAGUUAUGGGCAAAAUAUGCUGUAUUAAAAUAUUGCUACAAACAUUGACUUUUUUAUGUGUAAAAACUAAUACCACCUUAAACUUAAAAUAAAAAAAAUCAUUCACACUUGGCCCAC